AUGGGUGAUGAGCCACCAUUAGCACGGAAUCCCAUAUCCCAGGAGACUGAAGACAGCUUGAGAGAACAAUCUCAACAGCAUUCUGGACCUGCCACGACGGCGCAUUCAGCACAAGCGACCAAUAUGGAGUUUGAAUCCUACCCUCGACAACACUUUGGCGUGGGCCACUUCCCUGGGGGAGCACCACUCGAUAUGUCCAACCUGGCGGCUGCGUUGCCAGACUAUCAAAUGCGACAAUCUCAGCAACAAUCGUUCCCUCAACAUUUCCAAUCUGCUGGCCCUGCUAGUCAGACCAUGAUGUAUCAGUACCACCAUGGCGCACAGUUUGCUGGUCAGACUGCGGGCCAUUACAACCAGACUUUUGCUCAACAAUAUCCGUCACAGUACGUCCAGGGCCCUCAGGCACGUCAGCCGCAAGGAGUAUUUCCCCAGUUCGCGGGGGGUCCGCAGGCAUAUCAAAACCCAAGCUUCAUUUUACAGCAGCCCAUGCUUCACAGCGCCGGUACAGCUGCGCAUCACCAACAGCAACAUCAGUCACAUUUUCCUCAGUCUCAAGUCGGUGCAACGUACAUGGGGUCGUACCCUAACAGGGUAACCACUACGUACCCAUUACCACAGCUGCGCGUGGACAGUAGUCUGGCACAUGCGCAGGCACAACAAUUUUAUCAGCAGCCGCACCCUCAAGGUACGAGACAACCCUAUACAGUGAAUUGGAGCGAAGAACUAAGUAGAGAAGCGGUGAGGAGAACAAGUUCGAAUUCAUCGCUACAAACCUCGGUUCUCAGAGGUCCUCCCAGAAAACCUCGACAGUCUGGCCACGCCCUUUGGGUGGGCAACUUGCCGCCUUCAACUAACAUAAUUGACCUGAAAGAUCACUUUUCGAAGGAUGCCACCGAGGACAUUGAAAGCGUGUUUUUGAUUUCCAAAAGCAAUUGCGCUUUUGUCAACUACAAGACCGAGGCCGGCUGUGCUGCAGCCAUGAGCCGCUUCCAUGAUUCUCGCUUCCAAGGCGUCAGAUUGGUUUGCAGACUUCGUCGUGGUAGUUCUUCUGCUGGGACCACACCGCAACCUACCGUCGCAGGUUCUGUGGAUGGUACAGAGGCAACGAAGCAACCCGAUGGCGUUCCAGCAGAGCAGGUUCUGGUUGUAGAUGGCUCAAUCACGGCCGAGCCCGAAUCCACUGAAAAGGUCAAGGAGAAAUUCUUUGUGGUGAAAAGUUUGACCGUCGAGGAUCUGGAACGUAGUGUGAUCAGUGGCAUAUGGGCCACCCAGGCGCACAACGAAGAGGCACUGAACAAGGCAUAUCAGACUGCCGACAACGUGUACUUGAUCUUUUCUGCAAACAAAUCCGGCGAAUAUUUUGGCUACGCCAGGAUGGAGUCGGCCAUUGACGACGAAUCUGCCUCCAAACUCGACUAUCAACCACGGCCAGAGGCGCCCGUCCCGAGCCCUUCGGAUCUGCCCCUGACGAUCCCAACGCCCGCAACAGCCACGGCUCCCAAAGGGCGCAUUAUCGACGAUUCUGCGCGUGGCACGAUCUUCUGGGAGGCGGAUGCGGACAAGAAAGAAAAGGAAGAACAAAAUGUGGAGGAGGAUGGGGGUAAUGUGUCUGGAGAAGGCUACGAGUCAGCCAGUCCUGCGACGCCCCAAACUUUCGGCAAGCCAUUCAAGAUCAAGUGGAUGUCCACGGAUCGUCUACCUUUUUACCGGACCCGAGGACUGAGAAAUCCCUGGAACUCCAACCGAGAGGUUAAGAUUGCUCGUGAUGGUACAGAGAUUGAACCUACCGUGGGUCGUCGCUUGGUCAGCAUGUUCCAUCGGGCCCAGAUGGCGCCGGUCAGUCCCAAUGCCGCCAGGCAACAGCUUCCUCCUCAGGGACCGAUGGUUGCUGGAUUCAUGUCCCCAGAUGCGGCAGCUCCCGGUGGUAUGUACGGACGGGGAUAUUGA